ACUUUAGCAAGGAGACUCUGUUAGGAUAAACGAAGUAAUGAAAAAGAAGAAAUUUCUUAGUGAAAUUCAACAAGAGUUAGAAAUGCAGAGACGUCUUUGGAGUUCAGAAAUAUCAAGAUUAACAGAAGGAGUAACAAUAAAUAAUAACGAACGUUCAUCUAAACCUACAUUGAUAAUUGGCAAAUCUCCCGGAGAGGUUUUGUUCAAAGCUUUUUUCGAUGUUAGGGAAUACGAAGAAGGUGAAGUAUUAGUAAAUAUAGAUAGGAUAUUAAACAAGGUAGUCGUGACAGCUGUAAAAAGAAUUGGCGAUUUAACGAAAACAUUAGUACAAAAAGUUAAUUUACCAAAAUACGCCGAUCCUAUCAAUAUGUCUAAGAAUAUUAAUUACAAUGGAAUUCUUGAAGUGACCAUUCCUAUACUGUAUCAUUUUCCCAAUCAAAAAUGGAUUAAUAACGAUACGAAUUACUAUAUGAAAAAGAUAAAUAAACAAAAGAAAAAAGAGUAUUAUGCUUUAGAAAUUACAGUAAAUCUUGAAAGUUAUUGGCAAGCUUCGAAAGUUGACAUAGAAAUAAUCGAUGAUAAAACUCUAUUGAUAACAGCAUUUACAGAGAACGGAGAUAAAGUGUUAAAAAGAAGAUAUAUCUUACCUAAAAAGAGCGAUAUGGAUAGAAUUAGUGCCGAGAUAAAUGACGAAUGUCACAUUACUGUUUACGUCCCCUUCAUAAUUGUAUAA